AUGGAUUGUACUGAGGGCCAAAAGGUACGGUAUGGUACGCAUAAGCUGGCUGGAGAAGCUGAUGAUUGGUGGUUGGGCACUCGUCAGAGGUUGGAAAUUACAGGUGAAGUGAUUACUUGGGCUGUGUUUAGCAGAGAAUUUUUGAGGAAGUAUUUUCUAGAGGAUGUACGCGGGAAGAAGCAGAUUGAGUUCCUUGAGCUAAAACAACGGAACUCGGCUAUUACUGAGUAUGCUGCUAAGUUCGUAGAACAUGUGCAGUUCUAUCCACAUUACACUGCUGAAACUGCGGAAUUCUCUAAGUGUAUAAAGUUUGAGAGUGGACUACGUCCAGAGAUCAAGAGAGCUAUAGGGUACCAACAGAUUCGCAGGUUUCCAAAAUUGGUGAAUAGUUGUAGAAUCUAUGAAGAGGAUAGCAGGGCUCAUUCAGCUCACUAUAAGAGUUUGAGUGAGAAAAGAGGUAAACAAAAUAUGAAUCGUGGGAGACCCUAUGAUGCUCCUGCUGAUAGAGGGAAACAUAAGAUGACUGAUGGCAAGAGGCCAAGUGGGAGAGGUGUUCCUCCAAAUCCUGUCAAGUGUUACAGGUGUGGUGGCAUGGAUCACCGUGCUAAUGAGUGUCAGUCUGAUGUGAAGAAAUGUUUCAAAUGUGGGCGACUGGGUCAUGUUGUAGCUGAUUGUAGGGCUAAUGUACCUACUUGUUUUAAUUGCGGAGAGCAGGGCCAUAUCAGCAACAACUGUCAGAUGCCGAAGAAGUCACAAACAUAUGGGAAAGUGUUUGCAUUGGCAGGGUCUCAGCCUACUAGUGUCGAUCGUUUGAUUCAAGGUACUUGCUAUAUUCAUGAUACUCCUUUGAUUGCCAUUAUUGACACGGGUGCAACCCACUUGUUUAUCUCAGCUGAAUGUGUGAAGAGGUUAGGACUUGUGCCGUCUACUUUGGGUAGAGAGAUGGUGAUUGAUACUCCUUCUAUGGGAUCAGUGACCACGUCUUUAGUGUGCUUGAAUUGUCCCUUAUCAAUUCUUGGUAAGGAUUUUGGAGUGGAUUUGAUUUGUUUACCACUCAAUGGGCUAGAUGUUAUUUUGGGGAUGAACUGGCUAGAGUUCAACCAUGUGUAUAUCAACUGCUACACGAAGACGUUGUUGUUUCUUAGUUCCGAAGAGGAAGAGUUAGUUGGUUAUUUAACUACCAAAGAAUUAAGAGCAUUGUUGGAAGAAGAAGCCAAAGUGUUCGCGAUAUUUGCCUCACUAUGUGUUGCGGGAAAGAUGUCAAUUAUUGAAUUGCCUAUGGUGUGCGAGUUUCCAGAAGUGUUUCCGGAUAAUGUGUCUGAAUUACCUCCCGAGAGGGAGAUUGAAUUCACAAUUGAUCUUAUUUCGGGUACCAGAUCAAUAUCCAUGGCACCAUAUAGAAUGUCGACGUCAGAGUUAGCAGAACUGAAAUCACAGUUAGGAGAGUUACUUGAUAAGAAGUUUAUUAGACCUAGUAUGUCACCAUGGGGAGCUCCGGUGUUAUUGGUUAAGAAAAAGGACGGUAGCAUGCGACUCUACAUUUAUUAUCGUCAGUUGAAUAAGGUAACAAUAAAAAACAAGUGUCCGCUUCCGAGGAUUGACUUCUUGAUGGAUCCACUGGUGGGGGCGCGAGUAUUCAGUAAGAUUGAUUUGAGAUCAGGCUAUCACCAAAUUCGAGUUAAGGAGGAAGAUAUUCAAAAGACAGCUUUUCGGACUCAGUAUGGACAUUACGAAUAUUCAGUGAUGCCGUUCGGAGUGUCCAAUGCGCCGGGCGUGUUUAUGGAAUACAUGAAUCGUAUCUUUCAUAGCUAUUUGAAUCAGCUUGUUGUAGUUUUCAUUGACGACAUUUUAAUUUAUUCGAAUUCGGAUGAAGAACAUGCAGGACACUUGAGAAUUGUAUUACAAGUGUUGAAGGAGAACAAGUUGUUUGCAAAAUUGUCAAAAUGUGAGUUCUGGCUGCAAGAGGUGAGUUUUCUAGGCCAUGUUAUUUCUAAGGAUGGCAUAGCUGUGGAUCCAUUUAAAGUAAGUGUUGUUUUGAAAUGGGAACCUCCUAAAUCAGUGACAGAGAUAAGAAGUUUCUUCAGCUUAGCAGGUUACUACCGUAGAUUUAUUGAAGGGUUUUCUAAUUUGGCGCUACCUUUAACUCAGUUGACUCGAAAGGGUCAAUCGUUUGUGUGGGAUGUCACUUGUGAAGAAAGUUUCAGGGAGUUAAAGAAGAGAUUAACUACAGCUCUAGUGUUAAUUUUUCCAAAUCCUAUUGAGCCUUUUGUUAUGUAUUAUGAUGCAUCUAAAAUGGAAUUAGGCGGUGUGCUGAUGCAGGAGAGUAAGGUUGUGGCUUAUGCGUCACGACAAUUGAAAGUGCACGAGAGGAAGUAUCCUACUCAUGACUUGGAAUUAGCUGCAGUGGUUUUCGUGUUGAAAAUUUGGAGACAUUAUCUGUAUGGGUCGAGUUACCAUCCGGGUAAGGCUAAUGUUGUGGUGGGCGCAUUCAGUAGGAAGGCUAUUCAUAUGUCGGCAUUGAUGAGUAAAGAACUAGAUUUGAUUGAGCAAUUUAGAGAUUUGAGCAUGGUAUGUGAAGUGACUUCAAGUAGUGUGAUGUUGGGCAUGUUGAAGAUUAAUAACGAUUUUCUUGUCGAGAUCAGAGAGAAUCAAAAGCUUGACGUGAAAUUGGUGGAUUUGAUGUCUGCAAUGGAAUCCAAUCCAGAGAUUAGCUUUAAAGUGGACGUUAUGGGUGUGUUGAGAUAUGGAAACGAAGAACCUGCGGAAAAAUCCGCAGGUAAGUUCGAAGCUAUUUUUGCAGGUAAUUUCGUAGGUGCAUGGGUUGAAGAUGAUGAAUAG